AUGCUAAUGGGAAGUCUACCCACCGAAAUUGAACAAGUCAUCAAUAAAGAUAAAAAACUGAAUGAACAAAAACGUAUAGCUCCCACUAUCCAAUUAAAAAAACAUCAACAAAGACAGACUACUAGAGUAACGAGACUGGGCUUUAAUAAUUCAAAUUAUACAUUUCAUAAGCUUACAGUUAUUGAAGAGUUUCCUAAUCCUGAGAAAGCAAGAAAAUUAUUAGAAAAAUUACGAGAUGAUAGAGGCGUGAAAGCUAUCAUGGUAGAAAGGAAAUGGUCUGUAGGAGAAUUAAUUGAGCUAACACCUUUUGAGACUUCUAUAUUGGGAUAUAAUCGAAAUAAAGGUCAACUAAUUGCAAUCCGACUACGAACAGAUGAUUUAUCAGGAUUUAGACAUUAUGAUUCAAUAAGAAAAGUAUUAUUACAUGAAUUAACACACAACGUUUGGAUUGAACAUGAUGAUAAUUUUCAUGCUUUAAAUAGACAGUUAAACAAAGAUGUGGUUAGACUAGAUUGGACAGCACAUGGUGCACAUACUUUAAGUGAUGAUAUAUAUAAAAAUCCAGUAGAUGAUGAAGCAUUCAUAGAAAACAAUGUUACAUAUGAAGCAGGCACAUAUAGACUUGGUAGUAGCAGUAAUAAUAGCGAAUUAAAUAGUGUAAAUACACCUAAAACUAGAAGACAAAUAUUAGCUGCUGCAGCAUUAUCCAGAUUAACUAGGAAAGAAGAAAAAGAGUUGGACGAAGGUUGCGGUUCUUCUUCUAAGGAAACUAUCUAA